AUGAGGAUGUGGUUAGCGAGAUCCUGUUCCGACAGCGGCGCCUCCUCAGCCCCCGCCGGCUCCUCGCUGUCACCAAAUGUGCGGGCCAGACCCCAGGGGGAAGCCAGAUGCGUGAAACAGCCCCGAGGAGCAGCUGAGGGGCUCCUGCUCCUUGUGAACCUGGGGGAGCAGUUCACAGCUCAGGACCACAGAGCUUGUAAAUGCAGGGAGGUGCAGAAAGCUGUGAACACUGCCCAGGGGCUCUUCCAGAGGUGGACAGAGCUCUUGCAAGAUCCCUCCAUCGCCACAAGAGAAGAAAUCGACUGGACCACUAAUGAGCUCAGGAACAACCUGCGGAGCAUCGAGUGGGACCUGGAAGACUUGGAUGAGACCAUUAGCAUCGUCGAGGCAAACCCACGGAAAUUCAACCUCGAUGCCACAGAGCUGGGAAUCCGCAAAGCCUUCAUCACCAGCACACGGCAGGUGGUCAGGGACAUGAAGGAUCAGAUGUCAAACUCUUCCAUGCAAGCUCUGGCUGAAAGAAAAAACAGGCAGGCACUACUGGGAGAGAGUGGGAGUCAGAGUUGGAGCUCUGGACCUGACAAAUACAGCCGUCUGGACCGGGAGCUGCAAUUAGCAAAUUCACAUUUCAUCGAGGAGCAGCAAGCUCAACAACAGUUGAUUGUGGAGCAGCAGGAUGAGCAGUUGGAGCUGGUCUCUGGCAGCAUCGGGGUGCUGAAGAACAUGUCCCAGCGCAUUGGUGGGGAGCUGGAAGAGCAAGCAGUGAUGCUGGACGACUUCUCCCACGAGUUAGACAGCACUCAGUCGCGCCUUGAUAACGUCAUGAAGAAGCUCGCCAAAGUGUCUCACAUGACGAGUGAUCGACGGCAGUGGUGUGCAAUUGUUGUCCUCUUCGUCAUCUUGCUAGUGGUGCUCAUCCUGUUUUUUGUCCUGUGACGACAAAAACUGAACUUCCUGGGACGCCCCCUCCCCGCCCCCUCGCCCUGGCAGCACGGGGAAGUGAAACUCCCCGUUUCCGUCCGCCCACAGAGAUCCCCGGCAGGAACACCUGCACCCAGCUCUCACCAUCCUCCUCCAAGGACUGCGGCUCGGCUGCGCCGGCACCUCCCCUGGCCCGGGGAGAGGGGGUGGAGCGCUGGGGCUGCCUCCUCCCCUGCUGCGGUGCAAUCCGGGCUCCGGGUCUGGCUCCGGGGAGCUGGAGCGGGACCCAACCCCUGCGCUUCCACCCGGUGCAGGUAGGAGCCGGUGGGAGGUGGGCACAGAGCAGCGAGCCCUGGGGAGGACGGGACAGAGGGAGGAAUUACUGAAUUCACUGAGCAUGACACACUGCAUUGCCAGUGCCAGCCUCAAGCAUUACUGGGAAGGGUGAAACCCCCCCAAGCCACGGCAAGGGAGGAGAGCCCUGGCCCUGCUCCCCCUGCCCUCCCUGCCUCCUGUGAGCGGCUCUGUAGCACCAAUUCACUGCCAGGAGAGCACGGUGAGUCCUACCAGAGCUUUCCUACCCUCUACACCGGGCAGAGCUGUAGGGUCUCGUGUCCUGCUGUCGGCCACCCAGGCCUCAUUAGACACUCCAGAGCUUUAAACCUGGGGUGCUGCACACUGAGCGCUGGCAAUCCGCCCUGAGCCAGAGAGGGAGAGUCUUGAAGCUUUUAAACUUGCCUCCCUCAUUAUACAAGCCUCUAAAGCUCAUUGACUGAUGCUUUCUUUGCCCUUGUAUAACUGAGUCACUGCUUCUGUUUAACAGCUGCUUCCCUUUGGCAAGUGAUUUGUCAGGUCUAAAAUAACUUAUUUUUCUUAAGGAAAAAAAAAUUUUAAAGAUUUUUUUGAUGACCAUUGGAGCCACGUUCUCUCUGUGGGUGCUUGACACGCAUGAUCAGAGGAACAGUGCUCAGUGAUGUAUUUUAAGUGUAUAUGAACUUGUAAAUAGGAUGUCUUAAUUUUUCCCAACCGCUAUUUUUUGGACACCUCCAUUGUAAGCAGCCAAAAGGCAGGAGAUUCAAAGCUAGAUCAUGUUUCCUUUCCAGUCCUUUUGUUACCUCCCAGCUGUUUGUCACUCGAGUUGUCUCAGCAGUGUCAGAUUCCCUUCAGGGAAUGUGGAGUAGCCAGGUGG